GUAGUAAAAGGGGGGGACAUCUGUAGCGGAGAAGGACAGGGGAGAGAGGAAGGUUUUUAGAGCAGAGAGUGUUUGCUUUGGCUGGGUUCCCUUCUUUUAUUUACUGAAUUCCAGAGGUGACCAAUACACAAAAGAGCUGAAAAUGAAGUUCAUCAUUGGCAUUGGAGGGGUGACCAACGGUGGGAAGACCACCCUGACAAAUAGACUGCUAAAGACAUUACCUAACUGUUGUGUUGUGCAUCAGGAUGACUUUUUCAAGAAACCCGAUCAAAUAGAAGUCGGGGAGGACGGCUUUAGACAGUGGGAUGUGAUCACUGCCCUGGACAUGGAGGCUAUGGUCAACACUGUCAAAGGCUGGCAGGAGAACCCGGUCAAGUUCGCCCGCUCGCACGGCGUCAGCCUGUCACCUGAAGCCGAGGAAUCCGACUCAGAGGAGAAGGGAAUCCAUAUUCUCAUCGUCGAGGGGUUCCUCAUCUACAACUACAAGCCUCUCAUUGACGUCUAUGACAAAUGUUUCUACAUUUCCAUUCCUUAUGAGGAGUGCAAAAGGAGGAGAAGUACAAGGACAUACACAGUCCCUGACCCCCCUGGCCUGUUCGACGGCCACGUCUGGCCCAUGUACUUGAAACACAGGAAAGAGAUGGACAACAACUGCAGUAGAAUAGAGUAUCUCAAUGGGAUGACAUCAAAGGACGAGAUCUACAACAAAGUGUACGAAAGUGUUCAAAACUCCCUGCUAAAUAACUUAUAGCAGGACGGGGACAACAGCGGACUUGUGUAUAGACUUGUAAAUAUAAUUUUGAGUGAAUGAGUAACACCAGCUCUGUACUUCUAGCCUGAUUUGUAAAUAGUUAAUCAUGUAACUUAUUAAGAACUAAUGGCAGAAGUGUUGUUUUUUGUAUGAUCCUGUGUAACUUUUUUUCUAAAAGAUAAGCCACCUCUGGACUGCCCAGUGUUUAACAUCAGGGAUAAAUCUGAACUCUGAUCUUGUUGUAUUGUACAUCAAAGUAAAACGUCCACUUGUGUUUCACCACUUAAAGAAAUGACUGAAUCUA